AUGGAGCAAUCUGAACAGGACGACGAGUUCUCUCACCCGCUUCUGGACGGACGGCCCAACUCGAUUCGUCUCGUGCGAAUCAGACACGACAGAUCACAGGAUGGCCGUAUCUGCUGCGACAUGCGCACCGCCAAAGUCUACGAAGAGUAUACCUGCCUGUCGUACGUGUGGGGCGACGCGAAGCACGAUGCUGGUAUCGAGAUCAAUGGCCGCGUUUUCAAGGACGUCCAAAAGAACCUCUGGGACUUUCUCGAUGCUACCAUCACGCGCAAAAACAAUCCUCGGUGGCUCUGGAUCGAUGCACUGUGCAUAAACCAGUCAGACGAGAAGGAGAAGAACGACCAGGUCCAGAGAAUGGGAGACAUCUUUCGAAACGCGCGCGAAGUGGUAUCGUGGCUCGGGAAUGAUCGUCAUAUCACAGCUCUGCUAGAGAAAAGACACCCGAGCCGUCGCGGAGUGGAGAAGCUGCUCUCUUCGCCGUACUGGGGCCGCGCCUGGAUCACGCAAGAGGUUGCCCUCGCCCCUUCUCUUACACUCAUGGCCGGCCAUGCUGCGCUGGGGUUCGCCGAUGUGGCUCAGAUGGUGGAUUCCUGGGAAGGGUUCAAGAGCCGUCCCCGCAUCGAAGGCAGCAGAGUUGACCCGACGCGAUGGAGACUCUUCAGGGGCGAGAGUCUUAUGCUCCUGCUGCAGGAGUGCCGCGAAAAGCAAUGCCGCGACUACCACGACAAGAUUUACUCUUUGGCUGGUCUGUGUUGCGAGAGCAAUAGCAUCGAAGUCGAUUACAGCGUCUCCCGCGGACGGCUUGCUGUUGAAGUGCUGCGGGCAUGCCAUCAAUGGUUCUGCCUAUGCUCGGUCGCUCUUGUUGGCCUGACCCUGCGACUUGUCAAGCGGACGGUACCACGAGCGAAGCGUUGGAAGAGAGAAAAACGAGGACGAAACUUCUCCACGCCUUUCGCUCAGUGCAGUGUGCCCGCUACGACGAUGUCUGAUGGCACCAAG